CCGGGAGGAGCAGCCCGCGCCGCUCCGCACAGCUCCGCACCACCGCACCGCUCCGCACCACCGCCAAGAAUAACCAACCAUGACUACGGAAUCGGGAUCAGAUUCGGAGUCCAAGGACAAAGAGCAGGAUCAGCAGGAGGCCCCAGAGCAGCAGGGCACGGCGGAGCCACAGCCGCAGGACCAGCAGCAGCAGCAGCAGCUGAGCGAAGAGCAUCAAAACGCCCUUGAGCAGUUUUCUGCUGUGGCAGCGCACAGCACACCUGUGAAAAAGGAGCAGGCUACGGACAAAGAAGAGGAGCUAGCUGCUGCAACUGCAAAACAGCUGGAAUACCAGCAGUUAGAGGACGACAAGCUCUCUCAAAAAUCAUCAUCUAGCAAACUUUCCAAGUCUCCUCUAAAGAUUGUGAAGAAACCUAAAAAUAUGCAGUGCAAAGUGACACUCCUGGAUGGAUCUGAAUAUACAUGUGAAGUAGAGAAACGUUCCAGAGGUCAAGUUCUAUUUGACAAAGUGUGUGAGCAUCUGAACCUUUUGGAAAAGGACUACUUUGGACUAACAUACAGAGACACAGAAAACCAAAAGAAUUGGUUGGACCCUGCCAAGGAAAUCAAAAAGCAGAUCCGAAGUGGUGCUUGGCAGUUUGCAUUUAACGUGAAAUUCUACCCUCCAGACCCUGCCCAGCUAUCUGAAGAUAUUACCAGGUACUACCUCUGCUUGCAGCUGAGAGAUGACAUAGUCUCUGGUCGGCUGCCCUGCUCUUUUGUCACACUCGCUCUCCUGGGCUCCUAUACUGUGCAGUCAGAGCUUGGCGAUUACGACCCCGAUGAAUAUGGCAGCGACUAUGUCAGUGAAUUCCGCUUUGCACCAAACCACACUAAAGAAUUGGAAGACAAAGUCAUUGAGUUGCACAAGAGCCACAGGGGAAUGACGCCGGCAGAGGCUGAGAUGCAUUUCCUGGAGAAUGCCAAAAAGUUAUCAAUGUAUGGAGUAGAUCUCCAUCAUGCCAAGGAUUCUGAAGGUGUGGAAAUCAUGUUAGGUGUUUGUGCGAGUGGCCUCUUGAUAUAUCGAGACCGACUGAGAAUAAAUAGGUUUGCCUGGCCAAAGGUUCUGAAAAUUUCAUACAAGAGGAACAACUUCUAUAUCAAAAUCCGACCAGGGGAGUUUGAGCAGUUUGAAAGCACUAUUGGGUUUAAGUUGCCAAAUCAUCGUGCUGCAAAGCGCUUAUGGAAAGUGUGUGUUGAACACCAUACAUUUUUCAGGCUCCUGCUGCCAGAAGCACCUCCAAAGAAAUUCCUCACGCUGGGCUCCAAAUUUCGCUACAGUGGUCGAACUCAGGCCCAGACUAGAAGAGCCAGUGCGCUAAUAGACCGCCCCGCGCCUUAUUUUGAGCGUUCUUCUAGUAAACGUUAUACUAUGUCUCGGAGCUUAGAUGGCGCGUCAGUGAAUGAAAACCAUGAAAUGUACAUGAAGGAUUCUGUGUCUGCUGCAGAGGUUGGUACUGGCCAGUACGCCACAACAAAGGGCAUCUCGCAGACCAACUUGAUAACCACUGUGACGCCCGAGAAAAAGGCAGAGGAGGAGAAGGACGACGAAGAGGGCAAGAAGAAGCGAGCAGAGGAGGUCACCCCCGUCGCCGCAACGCGCCAUGACACGAAGACUGACAGUGAGCAGACGGAUACCGCAGCCGACGGUGAGACCACUGCCACCGAGUCGGAUCAAGAGGAGGAUGGAGAUCUAAAGGCACAGAAUAGUCUGAUUAAGCGAAUACAGGGUGAAAAUGUGUAUGUCAAACAUAGUAAUCUUAUGUUAGAGGACCUAGACAAAACCCAAGAAGAUUUGAUGAAACAUCAGACUAAUAUAAGUGAGCUGAAACGAACCUUCUUGGAAACCUCCACAGAAACCUCUGUGUCCAAUGAGUGGGAGAAGAGGCUUUCCACAUCUCCAGUUCGACUUGCAGCAAGGCAAGAGGACGCUCCUAUGAUUGAACCACUAGUGCCUGAAGAGACCAAAGAAGAAAGAGAAAAAUCAGAAAAACUCAUACUUUUGCAGAAGGGAGGUACUACAUUCCUUGAAUUGCAGCCAAGUGUGAUAGAGAAGAAGCUACAGGAAGGAGAAUCUGCUGGCACUUUGGUUACUUCUCAUCAAAUCAUUAUCCAGAAAAGUAUACCAUCUUCCGUAGAGGGCACUGAGGAUUGGGUUGUUAUAGACAGAGUACCCUCUGAGGUAGUUGAUGAUGAAUCGAAAAAAAAAGUGGCAUACAAAGUAGUGACUGUGAGCAGUAAAGCUGGCAUUCCACCUGAGAUAUUAAAAUCCAGUACCGUUCUAAUGCAGAGCUUUGAGGACUUGGAAAGUGACAUACAAUCCAAAGAGGAGAAUAAGCAGAAAUUGUACACUCUAGGAAAGUCCUAUGAUACCGUUUCUGGGAAAAUUGUAACCAUGACAAGUAAAGUUAAAGAGGGAGAGAAACCAGUACAGCCUUCACUAGAAGCUUUUGAAAAAAUGGAAAAAGAAGUGCAAGAAUCUGUGAAAAUCAUUCCUGUAGUGGCCGAGUAUGAGAUCCUAGAGCCUGUCACUGAUGAAAAAGCCGAGAGGGGAGCCGACGUGCAGAGCAUGGAAAGGAAGCUGUCCGACACUUUAACACCUGUAAAGGAAGCAGUAUCGCAAUUGCAAAGUCCCAAAGAUGAGAGUUUGAAGGAGGCACUGAAGAUGGACCAUGAUUUGCAGUUGCAUGGUACACUUGGAAGUUUGCAGCUUAGCAAAGCAGAAGAACACCUUGACAGCGAAGCUCUAAAGUCAGGGGCGUUUGUCCGGAGAGAUAAGAGCUUGUCUGAGUGGAGAUAUUCCAGAGAACGGCCAUUUACCAUUGCUACUGCUCACUAUAUUACUGAAUCGUCUGCAUCAAAAAUAGUGACUAAGCAGUCCAGCAGUGAAAAAACCUUGGAUGGUUCAGAUAUCUUCAGUUUAAUAGAGUCCGCCAGAAAACCAACUGAGUUCAUAGGAGGGGUUACUUCUACUUCACAUAGCUGGGCUCAGAGAACAGAGACAAAGACAUCUCAGGAGAUAGGUUCCAGUGAAACGAAGCCAGCAGCUCAGCCACAGCACGAGACAGUGAAGAAGGUCGUUCAGGAGACUGUCGUGAUCGAGGAGAGACAUGGGCUGAGUGUGCAUGCAAGUGAGGAUCCCGUGAAAGUGGCUGGACUUGCGCUGGACGCUCAGGCAGCAUCCACUGCGGCUGCUAGCAUGAAAGGGAAGGAAGGCUCUGCUGUGACUGAGGGGGCUAAAGAGGAGAAAAGGGAGGAGGCUGAGAAAGCCAUAACCAAACAGGAAGGAAUCGCUGCUGCUACUUCUCGUGAGCAGGAGGAGGAGCACAGUGAAACAGUCCAUGUUUCAGAUUCUUUGGAAAGAAAACCUCAUUUUGAGUCACCAGUUGUGAAGACUGAGACCAUCAGUUUUAGCAGUGUUUCUAGUGGUGGGGAAAACCUUGAAAUUUCAACCAAGGAGGUGCCAGUAGUCCAUACAGAAACAAAAACCAUUACGUAUGAGUCAUCACAGGUGGACUCUUGUGCUGACUCAGAACCAGGUGUAUUAAUGAGUGCACAAACUAUCACAUCUGAAACUACCAGCACUACAACCACUACACAUAUCACCAAAACUGUGAAAGGAGGCAUCUCAGAGACAAGAAUUGAAAAACGAAUAGUCAUCACAGGAGAUGCAGAUAUUGAUCAUGAUCAGGCGCUGGCUCAGGCAAUUAAAGAAGCCAAAGAGCAGCACCCUGACAUGUCAGUGACCAAAGUAGUGGUACAUAAAGAAACAGAAAUCACACCUGAAGAUGGGGAGGAUUGACCACAGGAAUAAUUUAGAUUGCAUAUGAAUCCAGACAUGCACCCCAGUAGGAAUACGAGAGCCUAUAUGGAGUCUCAGUUCCAAUCUGACUGACUUGUAUCUGUCUGUGGAAAAUUACAGUACAGAAGAAUUGAUUUUGACCGUUAAUAAAGAAACUGGCAGAGAUAUCUUCCCAUAGAAAGCAAACUGAAUCAGCAUCAGUUAAACAAUAUUGCAUGAAGCAACAAUAAAAUUACAAAAAAGCAGCAUUUUUAAUUUUCUUAAAAUGUCUAAGUUUUCAGCUAUACCUGCACGUUCAUAAACAAUAUAAACAGUGAUCUCAUGUAACUCAUGCCUUUCACAGUUUAUGAAAAUCUAAACAAAUUAAAAUUUGUUAGGUGGCAAGUCUUUUGUUUACAGAUAUUGUAAAUGAAGAUUACCCCAAAAAUGCUAGAAGCUGUAUAGGUACUGUGUAUAAUGUUUUACCACACACUAGAUGUGCCAAUAACACAGUUUAUUCAGUAAACAACUUGAAUCCUAUAUUUGUUUCAUCUGGUUUUAUUACUGCCCGAUAAACAAUGAUGAAUCUUUACUCUUAUCAAAAUAUUUAAAGGCUUACAAACUGUGCUUUGUAUACCUGACUUGAAUACCUUAUGAGGUAGUAAUGAUUUUAGCAUAUUAACUUUAACGAUUUUUGUCAGCAUUGUUCAGUCAGCUUCCAGUCACCCUUCACAAAUCCUAACCUUGUAAAUUAUAUGUAGUUAUUUUGGAGAAAAUCUGUAUUUUACUUAGUUUGCAGCAUUAGAAAAUUAUUAAUCUGAAAUAACCGUGAUGAUUUUCUAUUGGUUUCCCUUUUGUUCUCAGAGGAAAAAAAAAUCUGUUUGAGAAUCUGGUCAGCAUUUACUAUCUAGUUCAGAAUCAAGCCUUAACGUGUACAGAACAUCCACUGAAAACUCAUUAGUGUUCAGCUAUAAUACCCACUGAAGGUAUAGAGUCCAUUACACUGUCAGCUGCAUCACAACACAUGGUGAAUGUAUGUUUCUGCAUAGUGAAAUAAAAGUGGUAAAUGCAUCCAAAAUUGUAUUGUUCUGUGUCUAAAAAAACUUAGUGUUUUUAUAUUCAAAACAUUAAGCUACAUUUGUAAGAUAUCACAAGUUUUAUUCAUCUGCACAGUAGACACGUUUGGUCUUCAGUGGCUAACACUACAUUGUGCAGAGAGCUGGAGUUAAUAGAGGACCCAAAGGGAUGCCAGUGUUCACCUUUGGGUAAACGAUGUUUGAAAAGGAGAAGGAAUAUUUGGUUUCUUCUGUUUUCUGUGGUUGUCUACUGUGUUUCACUGAGGCUACGUGAAGGAUUUUGUGAAAUUAAAAGGGGCCGUAGUGUUUGAUCCAGAUCCAUUCUCUUGUUGUGAUUUUGCUCUGAAACAUGGAUAAAAUUCUCUCUUCAAAGCAGUCCAUUUCUUUUUUCUUUUUUUUUUUUUUUUCCUCUCAUACCACAUUUUUGUUGAUACUCCUCUGGUAAUUCAAAAGAAGUUCUUAAGAAUUAUGACUCUUCAAUCUGCAUUUCCUUGUAGGAUUGCAGGAAAUGGAUACAAGCAAUUUUUUCAGGACAUAAAGGGCCAAAUUUGCCCUUCAUUGUUUACACAGGGUUCCCUCACAUUGAAGUCAAUGGAUUUGGCUUCGGUGGAGAGCAAGAUUUGACCCAGUGACUUGUUAUAAAUGUUUAUUUUCUUAAUUUAGAAAGAAAAAUAGUAUAUAUAGAGAAAAUAACAUGUAGAUAAUAAUAAUAAUAAAUAAUAUCCCAAGGCUUUUAAAGCUUUGCCCUUAGACUCUAAAAUGUCUUCCUUCAACCAGCCAUUCUUCAUGCCUUUAAUCCAGAAUGCUAACUAUAUAACUUCCCCAUACUGCAGUCAUUGCUUACCUCCUGCCUAACAAAUAAUGCAAAGACUACUGUCUUUCGUAAUCUUUGAUUUACCUCUCCUCUUCCUAAUCCUUCAGAUUUGUAAAACAGCAUCUAUAUUCUGUGCCUUCUCAGUGAAGGUAGAAUCAGCUUUCUUCUGCUGCCAGUGCCCCCUCAGCAGUUAUAGAUGGGAGAGGUGCUCACCCUAUUUCUCAGCAAACCAUGUUCCAGGUUCUUGCUACUGCGUCAGGAGUUUAAAAAUAGACUCUGAAGCCAUAAUGAUCUUCCCUCAGGUGUCCCGUAUGUAGUCAGCUAAGAAACAGCAUUAUUAUUACCUCAGAGAGAUGUGAGGCUAUUAUAUUGCCUUCUCUCCCGAGUUAGCAUUAUGUUUUAGCAUGGCUUGAGGAGAUUGCACUUUGGUGAUACUGCACAGUAUGUAUGCUGUCUAAAGAUACUGGCUCUUUUAAAAAGUUAGUCUCCUUGGAAAGGUUGCUUACAGCUAAGAAAUGGCCUAAGCAUAUGCAAAAUACAAGAUUAGAGUGGACAGGCAAUGACAUCUCAGUGCCACUGUUGGCAGCAGACCCUUGUUUUGGGAAUGGUUCCUGGGAGUGAUAGUGCUGGUUUUUGUUAUAAACUGUUUCUUGGGUUGUCUGCCUAAUGCUGUGCCACAUGAAAUAAAGAACACCUGCCUGUUUCUACCAAC